CCAGACGCAACACGCACGGCACAAUGACGUACUUGUACAUUCUGGCCUUUGUGGCAGCUUUGCUCCCCGCACUGUACUACUACUUCACCAGGACAUUUGGUUACUGGAAAAAGAGAAAUGUCGUUGGACCCAAGCCGGUACCGUUCUUCGGAAACCUUAAGGAUUCGUUCCUGAGACGAGAGACCUUGAUAUGUACAUACAGAAACAUUUACGAGGCUUAUCCCAAAGAAAAAGUGGUCGGAAUCUACAGAAUGACUACACCGGCUAUCCUGGUGCGCGACUUAGAGCUUGUUAAGCAUAUACUCAUCAAGGACUUUGAUAACUUCGUCGACAGAGGAGUGGAAAUAAGCGACAAGGCUAUGGGAGCAAACUUGUUCCACGCCGAUGGCGACAGAUGGAGAGUUCUGAGGGGACAUUUCACACCCGCGUUUACAUCGGGAAAGCUCAAAAACAUGUUGUACCUAAUGACGGAGCGCGCGGAUAAAUUCAUCGAAUACAUCGAUAAUAUUACACAAACGCAGCCAGAACAGUCUAUGCACCAGUUAUUCCAAAAGUACACGAUGUCAAUGAUCAGCGCCUGCGCCUUCGGUCUGGAUCUAGACGAAAACAUGAUAGGUACUUUGCAAAAAAUGGACAAAAUGAUUUUUGGCGCCAACUACGGCACCGAGCUGGAUAUGAUGUAUCCUGGCAUAUUGAAAAAAAUCGGUGGUUCGAUCAUGCCGCGGUUGGUGAUAGACUUUUUUCAAAAUCUCGUAAAACAAGUCAUAAAUCAGAGAGGCGGAAAACCGACAGGUAGAAAAGAUUUUAUGGAUUUAAUUCUUGAAUUGAGACAACAGAAAGUAAUCGAAGGAGCGAAGAGAUUUGAAAACAAAAAUGUAACGUCAUUCGAACUGACGGACAGUAUAAUUGCGGCGCAAGUGUUUACUUUCUAUGCAGCCGGGUACGAGUCGAGUGCGUCCACGAUGGCCUUCAUGUUGUACGAGUUGGCCAAACACCCCGACAUUCAGGACAAGGUCAUCAAAGAGAUCGACGAAGUCCUCAAGCGUCACAAUGGUGAAGUAACCCACGAAUGCUUGAACGAGAUGACGUACUUACAUCAGGUGUUCGAUGAGACGUUGAGAAUGUACCCGUUGGCUGAUUUGCUGCAGCGAAACGCUAAAGAAGAUUACGAGCUACCAGGCACCGACAUUACUGUGAAGAAAGGACAAACGGUGAUCAUCAGUGGCUUUGGUAUACAUCAUGACCCUAAAUACCACCCAGACCCGGAAAAAUUCGAUCCGGACCGUUUCAGUCCCGAAAAUGCAAAGAAUAUAGACUCCUGCGCCUAUUUACCAUUUGGAGUUGGGCCCAGGAACUGCAUAGGGAUGCGUUUCGCUAAAAUACAAUCACGAAUUGGCAUGGCUAAAUUCUUUUCCAAAUAUCGCGUCGAGCCGUCGAAGAAGACUGCAAUGAAGUUAACAUUCGAUCCCACGCGUGCAUUGCUCUCGGCUACUGGAGGAAUCUACCUAAAUAUUGUGCUUCGAUAAACUUCAAACCAUGUUAAAGAAAUGCCUGGUUUACAUGCCAGUAGCGUUGGCGUGCAACUGACAUAAUGUAAACAUUAACUGAUGCCUCUGAGCCCAUACAAUCCAUGCCACGGCGCUAUUUUUCAACUGUAUUGGCCAAAUGUAAACCAGGCAUAAUAACAUUAACUGUCAUAGUCAGAGUCGCUUAAUGGUUAUUUAAAUCCCUUUAGAUCAGAUUUUCAUCUACCUUAAAGUUCUCUCGUAGUAACUACUUUGUGACUGUGAGUGCGGCAGUACGGUACUC